UGAACUUAUAUCAAUAGUGGGUUCAUCUUGGGUUGCGGGUCGCGAGUAUGGGUCAAACGGCGGACAGUGCGCUGGCACGCGCAUUUCGGCAGAGCGUCGUCGCGUCCCAGAACGUCGGCAUGCGUCCUGCGCGCGCACCCUACCCGCCGCGGCCCAUGCCCGCGCGCGUGCGGCCCGUCUGCGCCGCCCGCACCGCUCUACUGAUCUUCGCCACCAUCGGCACUUUGAGAGCCGCCCGAAUACCACCCGACACCCAGCAAGUUAAAAUCGUGUGUCAAGAGCGUGUGAGCCAGAGGUGCUGGGUUUGGCAGCUUGCAGUUGGAGACAUCCACCUCGCCGAAAAGAAACUACACCGGGUCCCACCGCAGUACGCAUGCGGCAUAAGCAACUCUCAAACAUCUCUUGACCAUAAACAAAUAUUAGUCUAUUCACCUGGCAACGAUGUUACGGUGACAACAUGUAAAAAGACCAUACAUCUACCAAUGGACUCUUUGAGCGACUGGAGCUUGGAUUACCAGACAGAAUCAAGGCAACGCAGACAGGCUUCGUUCAGGGGACGGUUCAGAGGACAGACGCAGUCUCAAUACUUGGCAAUCGAUCAAGGGUCAAAGGAUGACGGCAAAGCUGAAGCUAUUUCUGCAGCAGAUACGUCUAAAGCUGUUGUCAGUGGCAAAAGCGGUAUGGGACAAGCUCAGAGUCAGUCAAUGUAUGAUCCUAGUUGCGAUGAAUGUGUUGACCGUUUCGUACCUGGCGCAGAAAGUUUACGACGUCCAACAGGGGGACCUGGUGGUGGGAACUGGGAUCAAGGAGGGGGUCCGGGUAGUUAUGGAGGUGGGCCAGUUAUGGAGGUGGGCCAGGUAGUUUUGGGGGUGGUCCGGGAAGUUAUGGAGGUGGUCCGAGUCUCUCAGGAGGGGGACCGGGUAGUUAUGGAAGUGGACCAGGAACAGGUGGAGAUGGAUCCGGCAUUAACGUCAACACAAGCCCGACUAUAUUUAACAUGGGAGGGAACAACCAACCAGGCGCACCAGGUAGUCCAGAAUGGAAUAAUCAGCCUGGCGGACAGGGUACUUAUCAACCUGGGGGACAGGGUAGUCACCAACCUGGCGGACAGGACGGUUAUCAACCUGGGGGUCAGGGUAUUAUUCAACCUGGGGUACAGGGUACUUAUCAACCUGGGGGACAGGGUACUUACCAACCUGAGGGACAAGGUAAUUAUCCACCUGGGGGACAGGGUACUUAUCAACCUGGGGGACAGGGUAGUAAUCAACCUGGGGGACAGGGUACUUAUCAACCUGGCGGUCAGGGUGCUUAUCAACCAGGGGGACAGGGUAGUAAUCAACCUGGGGGACAGGGUGCUUAUCAACCUGGAGCACAGGGUAGUAAUCAACUUGGGGGACAGGGUACUUAUCAACCUGGCGGACAGGGUACUUAUCAACCAGGAGGACAGGAUACUUAUCAACCAGGAGGACAGGAUACUUUUCAACCUGGGGGACAUGGUAGUAAUCAACCUGGGGGACAGGGACCUUAUCAACCUGGCGGGCAGGGUACUUAUCAACCUGGCGGACCGGGUGGUAAUCAACCUGGGGGACUGGGUAGUAAUCAACCUGGGGGACAGGGUACUUAUCAACCCGGGGGACAGGGCAGUUAUCAACCCGGGGGACAGGGCAGUUAUCAACCUGGGGGACAGGGCAGUUAUCAACCUGGGGGACAGGGUACUUAUCAACCUGGGGGACAGGGUACUUAUCAACCUGGGGGACAGGGUACUUAUCAACCCGGGGGACAGGGUACUUAUCAACCCGGGGGACAGGGUAGUUAUCAACCUGGGGGACAGGGUAGUAAUCAACCUGGGGGACAGGGUACCUAUCAACCUGGGGGACAGGGUACUUAUCACCCUGAGGGACAAGGUACUUAUCCACCUGGAGGACAGGGUAGUUAUCAACCUGGGGGACAUGGUAGUAAUCAACCUGGGGGACAGGGACCUUAUCAACCUGGCGGGCAGGGUACUUAUCAACCUGGCGGACCGGGUGGUAAUCAACCUGGGGGACUGGGUAGUAAUCAACCUGGGGGACAGGGUGCUUAUCAACCUGGGGGACAGGGUACUUAUCAACCUGGCGGACAGGGUGCUUAUCAACCUGGGGGACAGGGUAGUUAUCAACCAAGCGGUCCGGGUACUCCAGGCUGGAACAAUCAACCAGGCGGACAGGGUACUUCAGAAUGGAACAAUCAACCUGGCGCAUCGAGUAGUCCUGGAUGGAACAAUCAACCUAUUGGCCAGGGCAGUAAUCAACCCGGGGGACAGGGCAGUUAUCAACCAAGCGGACCGGGUACUCCAGGGUGGAACAAUCAACCAGGCGGACAGGGUACUUAUCAACCGAGUGGACCGGGUACUUCAGGUUGGAACAAUCAGCCUGGCGGACAGGGCAGCAAUCAACCCGGGGGACAGGGUAGUUAUCAACCAAGCGGACCUGGUACUCCAGGGUGGAAUAAUCAACCAGACGGACAGGGUAGUAAUCAACCGAGUGGACCGGGUUCCUGAUACUAGUGGAAACCAAAUUUCAGGUCCACCACAAAACGUGAUUGAUCCAAAUUCUAUAGCAGCUGACGGAGAUGAUUCUCAAGCAGAAUCGAGUAUUACACAAAACGCAAACGGAACCAUGGCUAUAGCUUCUUCCAACGGAGGAAAUAAUAAAGGUCGGGCCAAAACACAAGUCAGCGGGACAUACGCAGGAAGUGGCACAUUUCAAGCUCAAGCUGAUAUAAGUGACGAAAGUAAAGGAGCACAAAGUGAAGUAUCAGGAGGAAAACACGGCGCAAUCAGUAUUGCUCAAGGACAUAGCAGGAAUAGUAAAUCACAAGCAAAUGUUAAUCUUGGCUCUGAAACAGGCUCUUUAACCUCGGGUGCUCAAAGCGAUGGAGUAAUGCAUUCAUCUAAUACCCAGGUCCAAGGUGGAGUUAAAGGAGGAUCAGCGGAGGCCCAAGCUCGUGGUCCAGGAAGUACUUCUUCCCAGGCUCAGAUCGGUUUUACCCCAUUUAAAGAUAACGAUAAAGCAAAUCAUGACCUAUUUAAAACCCCAUUUGUAGGCGCUGGUAAAGCAUCUUCUCAUUCUAACGGGCGUAUAGGAGAGUCACAAUCACAGCUGGAAGGCACAUUCAAAUAUGGAAUCAAAUAUACUGGAGCAGCUCAGUCUGGAGCUAGCUUGGAUAAAGAUGCAGUAUUCGCCAGUCGACUACCUUUCAACAAAAUCGACGUUUUUGAUAAAAGCGAUGUUAAUAUAAACGUUGAUGACACAGAGAGACCACCAGAUGUAACACCUUUGCCUUUGCCCGACAUAAAUGACGUACAAAACAAUGUUCUAAAUAUAACCGAAAAACCACAGGACCAGUCUAGAAGCAUAAUGGCCAGUCAUAGCCACCUGGAUCACCAUAUGAGCAAUGAGAACAAAGCAGUUCCCACAAGCCCGCCACCAGCAGGAAACACACGAUCGUUCCAGCCGCCAUAUGCAAAUAAUAACGAUUUCGACUAUACGAGUGAUAAAGAAGAUAAUCCUACAGAAGAAUACGAUGCAGACGGGGGGUUUGGCCCUGAAGGUACUGACCCGGUGGAUGGAGAGUACAACUAUGAUGACUUUGGAAAAGACACCGAGACACAUCAAUCUCUGCAUAGUCCGAGCAGAAAAAGUUUCGAAAUCAAACAAAGUACUGGUGGAAAUACGCAACACAUUGUAUUAGGAGCCUUGCAUGGUCAAGACGCUGUAAUAACACAAAAAAAUACUGAUCCAAGACCAGACGAAAGCAGAAUCUAUCUGCCCGGCGAGAGUGUACCCGGAACCGGAGGUUAUACCAUACCCGUCGGAUUUACAGGGAGCGUCAAAUCAGUGGCUUCCAAGCAAAACACUUACGUCAUUGGUUCGAGACGUUCUCCAUCACAAGCUCAAACAGUGUCAAUAACUCCUGGAAGUGGUAAAGUGAAAUACGUGUAUCCUAACCCUAACGUGCCGCCUCACGGGAAAUAUGUAGCGCCAAAGAACUUGCGAUCUUACUCUAAUAACAAUAAAGAUGAUAACAACAGAUAUGUCUCAGUAUCAAAGACAAUAACCGGAGAUUUAGACGGGGAAAAUAAUAUAAGAAAACAAUACUCACACACAUAUUACACGAAAUCAUCAUCUUGCGGAUAUUUUACUUUUACUUGCACUAUGGUCAGUGGACCCAGUGGUAGAAAAAAAGUAUGCAAACCUAAAAUGCCCACCAACCCCGAUGGGACACCCAUGAGAUGUUGAAAAUUCCAGAAAUAAAUCUAGCUGAAUUAUUAACUACUGUUUAAUUUUUAAUUCCGUUCAAUGUGUAAAAUUUUUACAAAAUAUUU